UGUACGUCUUUCCGGCGGAAGCUGUUGAAUAGCCUCAGUCGAACUACACUUCCUACCGUGUCUCAACGCCGAGUCCGUCACCAUUCACUCUAUGGAUCGAGAGAAACAAUGAAAGGUGAGUGAGUCAGUAUGCCUGAUGUAUGUGUUUCAGAGAAGGCCAUGGCUCGAGGGCAGCAGAAGAUCCAGUCUCAACAGAAGAACGCAAAGAAAGCAGCCGAGAAGAAGAAAGCUCAAGGAGCGGAUCAGAAGACCGCAGCCAAAGCAGCUCUGGUCCACACGUGUCCUGUCUGCAAGACACAGAUGCCAGACCCCAAGACCUUUAAACAGCAUUUUGAAAGCAAACACCCAAAAUCUCCUAUGCCUCCUGAGCUGGUGGAUGUUCAAGCCUAAAGGACGCAAUAAACCAACAUGGACCUAAAACAGGGUCAUCUCAUAAUUAUGGUCCAAUUUUCAGACCCUGGGGAAAGGAGAAUUAUUCGACCUGGCUUGACUUGCUGUAUAACAUUGACCAUGAAUCAUGUGGACACAACAACAAGGAGAUCUUAGGACGGACUCGAGCACACCAGCGCACACAUUGUUUUAUAUUUUUAUAUGUGCAUAUUGCUUCCAUCAUUUUCGAGUGUGCUGUGAAUUAAAACCGUCUCAUUGUCAUGUGCUCAAACUUGACACAUUUAUUCACCAAUGCCCCACUUCACAAUAUGUCCCUGUCCCCAUUUUGAUUUUUUUUUUAAUGGACUAGGUGCUACAAUGCAUCAAACUGUAUGUGCCCUGAUCUUUUAACUGUGAACCACAAUGGAGAGGUCCACCAAUGUGUGUGUUGUUAUUAGUACAGACCAGGAUUGGAAUUGAUAUUCAUUGAUUGACAUGUUCAAAUUGAUUACAAAUUCUGUAAAUCUGCACCUGUUAAAGAAGUCAGAAUAAUGAGUCCGGGCCCAUGGAUACACUUUUGUUACUUUGUUUUCUAAAGUUUUCAAUAAAUGUAUAUGCAUAUAGUCCA